CAAGAUAAAAGCAAUUUUCUAUAGUUGUAUAAUGUAUCAAUGCCACCGAUUAUAAUCACCGCAAGAAAAGCGUAAUAACAGGUGGCUCCGCGUUGUGGCAGGUGGAUCAGUUCCUUUUUUUUAUCUUUUCUGGAUGGUAUACGUUCUCCCAUUGUUUUCGAGUGAUAUACACAGUACCUGAAGUGUAUAGAAAAUUCCUUAUCGGAAACUUAAAAUUUGUAAUCUUACAAAUCACGAGUGUCAACGGAAAGAAAAAGAAAUGACGAUUCGAAAAAGAAACCUAUUGUGAUAGAUACAACAAUUGUAUCGCUUUAAUUUGCCCAAGUAGAGGUUAUAUGUAAAAUAUUUUCAGAAAUACACGCAUGAAAGCUCGUGGUUGUAGUAAAGUAAAGAGCGAAAUAAUGCCACCGUCGUCACAUACGAAUUGGACUAAACCUCUUAUUAAGAAUGGUCAAACGAUGCAACUGCAAUCGAAACGAACAACUUGUUCAACACAAAAUCAGAAUUCAAAUGGUAGUGGCACAGAACAUAGUGGUAUUCCACUUGACAGAAGAAUCAAAGUUGUUCUGGUAGGUGAUGGAGCCGUUGGAAAAACCAGCCUAGUUGUUUCUUAUUCUACGAAUGGUUUUCCGGGAGAAUAUGUACCUACUGCUUUUGAUAAUUAUAAUGUGGUUGUCAAUGUUGAUGGUCAACCAGUAAAUGUUCAGCUAUGUGAUACAGCAGGUCAAGAUGAUUUUGACCCUUUAAGAUCAUUAUGUUAUCCAGAAACAGAUGUGUUUCUAGUUUGUUUUAGUGUUGUAUGUCCUUCUUCUUAUCAUAAUGUAACUUCUCGAUGGAUAAGUGAAGUACGAAAAUAUUGUCCUAAUGCACCAAUUAUUUUGGUAGGCACAAAGAGUGAUUUACGAUCAGAUGUACAUCUUAUGUUACAAUUAGCAAGAUAUGGUCAAACCCCAAUUACAAGUACUCAAGGGCAUCAAUUGGCUCAAAAAGUUGGAGCUGUAAGUUAUGUGGAAACAUCUGCAUUAACUCAACAUGAUCUUAAAGAAGCAUUUGAUCAAGCAAUAGUUAGUGCUCUUAACACAAGGAGAGGUGGUGCUAGUUUGUUAUGUAGACGUAGAAAACCUUUACCAUUAUGGCGCAGAUGGUUAUGUUGUUGUGAAAGACCUUCUAAUAGUGCAUAAAUAAUGAUUAGACUCUCUAGAAUACUCUCUGUGAUCAAGUACGACUAUUUUGUUAUCAGAAUUUCUGAAUUUAUUAGUAUUUUAAUAAUUCAAA